AUGUGCUACGUUGCGCCAAACAUUUUCAUAUUAGAAGGGAACAUAGCAGCUGGUAAAUCCACUCUCGCCAGCAAGCUUGCCAACAUGUAUGGCCUGACGCUAUUUACAGAGCCUGUGGAGGAAAAUCCCUACCUUGAGCUCUUCUACGAGGACCCAAAGAAAUGGGGGUAUCAGAUGCAGAUUUGGUUCUUCAACCAGCGUCUUAAUACAUACAAGGAGGCAAUUCAGGCGUCGAAGACUGCCAAGGGCGUCUUGCUUGACCGCUCUGUCUUUAGUGAUUUAGUUUUCGCGCUCAACUCCUAUGAAGACGGAUUCAUAUCAGACGCCGAUUUCAAGUUGUAUAAUGAGCAGUACCAGAGCCAACUAAAGGACCUGCCGCUGCCUACGGUUAUCCUCUACUUGGAUGCGACUCCAGAAACAUGCUACUACCGCAUCCACAAUGUACGCUGUAGGCCAUGUGAGGCAUCCAUCCCCCUUUCCUAUCUGCAGGGGCUUGACAGGUGUUACCAUACUUUCCUGGAUACAAUGCACCGCCUCGGCUGCUCCAUCUACACAGAGCCUUGGAACGAAUUUGGACAGACUGAAAACAUUUAUGCCAACUACAUUCGGUUAAAGGAGACUGUCCCUCCGAUUGUAUCCUCGGUAUAA